AUGACUUGGCUGAAGCAUAUGUUCAGUAAUGUUGAUAAGGGUAAAUAUGCUGAAAUUAUCACUCUGUGCUGGUCACUUUGGAGAUCUGGAAACGAUCUAAUCUGGAAUCAAAAAUCCACGAUGCCUCAUGUAGAAGGAGAUGGAGCUACUGUUUGGGUCAAGCCUAAGCAAAACUUAGUUGAGGUAUCAGUGGAUGCUGCUGUGUUUGAAGAUCGAGGUGGAGUUGGUUUUGUUUUCGUAGCUAGAAAUUCUGAUGGUGAGUUGAUUGAAGCCAGGGCUGUGGUUCACCCUCAUUUGGUUGCACCAGUAGUAGCAGAAGCCAUGGCUUUUAAAGAAGCAUUGAGCUGGAUGGAUGCACGAGGUUGGCAUGAAUCUAUUAUAAAAUCUGAUUGCUUACCCAUGGUUCAAGCUGUCAGAAGCAAAGUUCCCAUGAGAUCUUACUUCGGCUUGAUUAUUGAGGAGUGCUGGAGACUUCUACAACGGUUAAGCAAAAUCACUUUGUUUUUUGUCAAACAAUCUGCUAAUAUGGUGGCCCAUCAAGUAGUUAGGGAAUCAUAUUUUCUCUCAGGUCCUAUUAUAUAUAUAGGAGUUCUGUUCCUAUUUUGA